GAUGUUCUCUGGACAGUUUGUGGGGGAGCUGGACCCCCUGUAGAGCCUAGUCCACAGCUCCCACACCCAUUGUCAGGAUGCUGGAGACUGCCCAGACCCCCUACAGCUUCCCUGACUUUGAUCUCAAGCCAGAAGACCUUGGGCCGGUGUGAGACAGGCCAGAAGAUCAAGGGUGAGGGACUGAGGACAAAGGCUUGACCCUGCCACCCCUCCUCAUAGGAGUGAAGGAAAGAUCCAGAUUGACCCCCUGAGGGACAGAGGUCAUGAGUGUCCUGGAAGGAGAAGGCCCGGGAGGGAAAAAAUCAGUCAACAAGACAACAGUGUGGAUUCUGCCUCACUCCUGAGGAAGAGCGGGCAGUCUGAAGGUCUGGAAUUCAAACAAGGGUCCCAGAGCCGCACGUGGAGAUGCUGAAGCAGGUCCAGAGUUCCUGCCUCCCUUCAGAACAGUAGUCCCAGGAGUCUUCACCCUGCUGCCUGGAGGGUCAGAGUGAAGACGAGAUCCAGAUUGUCCCCCUGAGGGACAGAGAUGGUUCCUUCCUGUCCCAUCUCCUGGGCCUCCAUCCCAGCCUGGUGUUCUCCUGCAGUGUUGGAGUUGAUGGGUUUCCCAGACUCCUCUCUGCCCAGCUACCUCAUCUCCCUUCUGCUCCUCCUCCUCUUCCAGCUGCUCCCCCAGACCUCAGCUCAGUUUACUGUGAUUGGACCUGCCCAGCCCAUCGUGGUCCAGGUGGGGGAAGUUGCUGAGUUACCCUGUCACCUGACUCCCAAGAUGAACGCUGGGAACAUGGAGGUGAGGUGGCUCAGAGCCACAUUUUCUCCGGCUGUGUUUGUGUAUCGCGAUGGGCGAGGCCAGUUCGAAGAGCAGAUGGAGGAGUAUCGAGAAAGAACGGAGCUGCUGAAUGACUUCAUCACUGACGGGAGAAUGACUGUACUACUACACGACGUAAGAGUCUCUGAUAACGGGAGUUAUCACUGUCGCUUUCAAAACUCUCAACACGUUGCUAAAUCUACCCUGGAUCUGGUUGUAGCAGCUGAGGGCUCCGACCCCAACAUUCGCCUGGAGGGGCAAGAGGAUGGAGGGAUCCUGCUGGAGUGCACAUCAACCGGAUGGCACCCCGAACCCCAGGUGCAGUGGAAAGACUCCAAGGGAAGGAAUGUCACAUUGCGAUCUAUAUACCAACCCCAAGGAGCAGAUGGCUUGUUUCAUGUGGUGACAUCCGUGAUCAUCCGAGACGACUCUGUGAGGACCGUGUCCUGCUCCAUCUGGAACCCCUACAGAGGCGGAAAGAAAGAAGCAACGAUUCCCAUAGAGGCUUCCUUCUUCCGAACAGUCUCUCCCUCCACUGUGGCUCUGGCUGUGAUCCUGCCUGUGCUAGUCCUGCUCAUGGCUGGAGCUGUCUGUCUCCUCUGGAAAAGGCACAGGAAGAAGAAGAAGAAGAAGAAGAAGAGAGAAAACACAUGGAACGAACUGCUUUCAUCAAACUACUCCUGGAGACGAUCCCAGUCAUGUAUGGUGGACAUCACUCUGGAUCCAGACACGGCUCAUCCUAAACUCAUCUUGUCUGAGGAUCAGAAAAGUGUGAAUCUCGGAGGCACACAGCAGAACCUGCUGCCUGACAAUGCUGAGAGAUUUGAUGAGGAGCCUUGGGUGCUGGGUCAUGAGGGCUUCAACUCAGGGAGACAUUGGUGGGAGGUGGAGGUGGGGAAGAAAAGAGGCUGGGGUCUGGGGAUUUGCAGAGAAAAUGUGAAGAGAAAGGGGUCAAUUUCAGUUUCACCAGAAGAAGGAUUCUGGGUUGUGGGGUUGUGUGGGGGUGAAUAUUCAGCUUUCACCAAUCCCAAGACCACUCUCCCCUUACCGAACCAGCCCCACCGGGUGGUAGUUCACUUGGACUACGAGGCUGGAGUCAUCUCAUUCUACAGUGGGACUGACAGAUCCCACAUCUACACUUUCUCCCACUUAGUCUUCUCUGGGACCCUCCGGCCUUUCUUUCAUCCUCAGACUGAAGAUCAGAUAUCUCUGACCAUCUACCCUGUGUCCGGUGGGGCUGAGAGAGAUCCUGCCUUUGCCCCUAAGCCUGCCCCCUCUCAGGAUGCCCUAGUGACCCACCAAGGGGCAGAACCAGCUUCAGACACUGAAGAAGGGGAUCCCUCCCCUGGUCCUGAUGCCCCAUUGCUUGGCCCCCAGCCCAGCCCCACGGUCCCUCCUGCCCCUUAGGGGGCCUACCAGUCCCUGCCCUCUGACCCCUGCAGCUCUCCAUCUCCUUCCUGGGCUGCAACUGCUCAUAUCCCCAGCUCCUCAGCUGCUUCCCUGGGGCAGGCCGAAGCUGAGGAUUGCUACUGCUGCUGCCAGGAAGGCAGGCUGGGAUUAGGGAAAAGACUAAAGUGAAGUUGUUCGGUGGUCUAGUGGUAAAAGCCGGGAACUGGGAGUCAGGACAUUCUAAUCCAGGUUCUGCCACUGACUUGCGGUGUGACCUCAGACAAAUCACUUAUCCUCUCUGGGUCCCCAUUUCCUCAACUGUAAAAUCGGGAUCAAAUGCCUCCUCCCUCCCAAAGUGUCAGCCCCAUGUGGUUCAGGGAUUGUGUCCGACCUGAUGACUUUGAAUCUACCUAGUGCUUUUUUAAAAAUGGUAUUUGUAAAGCACUGACUAUGUGUCAGGUGCUAUCCUAAUCACUGGGGUAGUUACGAGGUAAUCAGGUGGGUAACGGUCCCUGUCCCACCUAUGACUCUAAAAGGAGCAAUAAAAGCUGGGUAAGAAAAGCUGUAUGUAUUCAAAGUGUCAUUAAUAUAACUGUUCUGUUUUACUGAUUAGUUCUAGACUGUACGAUCACUCUGGGCAGGGGACACGACUGUAUUGAGUUCUUGCAUGUGCUUGGUACACUGCACCGCCCACAGUGAGCGUUCAAUAAAUACUACUAAUUGAUUUAA